CACUCAUCUUCAUAUCAUGUCAAUCGAUUUAGACGGCCCUUCGAACCGCGCUGGCCCCUCUCGGAUUCCUCCAGACUACCCCCUCACGCACGUGCACUCAGUGUCUGAUGCGUCGCAACUUCUCCCAUCGUCUGUCGGUGCAUACGCGCUGGGAGCAGGUGCGAUCGGGUUCAUCAUAGGGGCCAAGAGGGGAGGAGCAAGAGCUAGAUUGAGAUUCUUAGCUGAAAAUGCUCAUCGUCCGCCAAAGACCAAGGAGGGAUGGUACUGGUAUCUUCGUGCGAGAAACUACAUCAUGAUCAAGAAUGGAGUCUUGACAGGUGUCAGGUAUGGAUCAGCUUUCAGUAUCGCUACGGGAUGCUAUGCGCUUCUGGACGAGAGUAUAGGCUGGUACAGGGAGAACAGACUUGGCGAUGUCGUACCGAGGGCAAUCCCCGAGGAAGAGAUGAGACGAUUCACUUGGAGAAGGGGUGAAGUGAGAUUGUACGAUGGAGCCAUUGCGGGUGGUCUACUGUCGGCAUCUAUCAGCUUGCUGUGGCGACUUCCCCGUACACUGUUCUUUCGAGCUUUCGUACUCGCUAUAGGACUGGGAUCCCUCGAAUCGGGUCUUCAAAUGGUCCGGGACAAAUUGGAAGUAGGCGCUCAGGAUCAAGUCCGAGCAGUCCGAGCAGAGGUGGCUAGGAAAGAAAAGGAGGAAGAAGACGCUUUAACGGAUAAGCAAAGACAGAGGUUAAAGUAUCUUAGAGAAGGUGGAGAUUUCUCAGCGAGCGAUAGGAGACGGAUCAUUGAUGCUAUGAACGAGGAGACAAGGUUGGCAAAGAUCGCGCAGGACACUAGUGAGAGUCAGAAGAAUGAGGGGCAAGAACGGCAGCAUCCCACGGGAGGCGAUGGAUCAUGGUGGUCCUGGAGGGGAUGAAGAAUAACUUC